UGUGCUGACUGUGAUCGCAAGUGGACUGAAAAUGUAGCUUCUCGUUGAAUAAUCAAGCAGGAAAAAGCAACCGAAAAGUGACGCUGCCAUUUUGUGCCAUUUAAAUUCGCGCAGUGAGUGCUAGGAUCCGGCCGUAAUUGAAACCAUUUAAGCAGUAAUUGCAUUAAAAGCUUUCCGAGAGUGCCAUCAUGGCAGGAGCUGAAAAGUGAAGCGAAUCGAGGACAAACUACUAGUCGUGGCUGUGUGCACGUGAAAGGUGUCGGAUUAUGUCAGAGUCGGAUCAGCAGCUGGACGACGAUGCCUCCGGACUGGAUGCUGCGAAUCCCAGCUGGCAUCGAUUGCUUUUGGUGGGAAAAUGCAGCAGCAGCAGCUUCCUUUCCGAUGCGACGACAGUGGCACAGGAGGAAACGGAAGAAGAGGACGAAAUUUUGAGUGUGCUGCGGAAUGAGAGCAGUGGGAAUUAUGAUUCGGGGAACUUUUCAUUUUCGGAAAGCUCCAACAAAGGAAAGACCGUGGCAAGUCCCGCAGGGUGUGGACAGGACCUUCAUCAGAGAUUCGUACAGUUGAAUACAGAGCUUUACCAAGCAAAGACGGAGCUGCUGACGUACAAGUACAAAUGGAAUGAAAUUCGAAACGAGGUAGAGUUACAAUGGAACAAGAAAUACCACCAGGUAGUCGAUGAGAAGGUAGCAUUGCAGCAGGAGGUAGACGACUUGAAGCAGCAGCUGCAAACAGUGGUGGAUUCCGUUGGCUUUAGUGAGCAACGUUUGGAAAUUUUUAAAUUGCGUUCCGAUUUGGACCAGGUUAGAAUCCAAUUGGAAUGCAAGGAUCGUGCCAAUGGGAUCCUGAAAGAGAAGAUUACCGAACAGUACUGUGAUAAGGAGAACCUUUCGUUGGAGGUUAGGAAGCUGGAGAAAAUGCUGCUGGAGGUCCGGAGUGAACUGAGCUCAACGAGGACCUCCGAAGUGUGGUUCCGGAAUGAGUUACAUGUGUGCCAAAAUGUGAUUGCCAAUCUGAGGGAAAGUAAUCAGUUGUUUGACAAACGACUGAGUCAGGAAAAAGUGCAUAGUGAUCGGAUGAAGGUAGAACUGCAGCAGGUAAUACGUAGUGCAGAGCAAGUCGAACGGAAAGCGAUAGCCGAGAAGUCCGGUCUUCUCGCGAGGCUCGAAACCAUUGAGGCGUCCAGUCGAUUAGAGAAAUUAUCUGAUUUGAUAGAGCAAGAGCAUGUAUGCAAACAUAAUGAUGCUUUGGAAAAAAAUGAUUCGCUUCUCGAAUCAAACAAGAAUCAUGAGCGUGAAAACGAUCAGCUUCGAUCGAACAUCCAGCUGCUCGAAAGCACUCUCUCCAAUCAGGAGGCCAUCAUUCAAUCGUACAAAGGCAAAGAAGCGGAAACCACGUCCAGACUAUCUUCGAUGGAACAGGAAAUAUCAAGGCUGAAAAAUGCCAACGCAAGAACGGUGGAGCAAAACAUUGAACUGCAAGCAUCCAUCGCACGGCAGAGCUUUGCCAAGCGAGAGCUAGGUGUCAGCAUUGGACAUCUGGGGGCGCAGCUGAAAGUUUUAUCGAUAAACUUUGAAAACACGCGACGGGCGCUCAGUGUGAAGGAAUUUGAACUUGGGAAUCUGCGAAAGGAAUUCCUUCAGUUAACCGAGCGCUGCAGGAAACUGGAGGGAUGCCGGAUGGAGCUGGAGAACACAUUGAAGGCAAGUGAGCUGCAAGCAGCAGCGAUGUACGGUCAGUUGCUGGAGAACUUCCAAAAGAUUCAGUCGAGGAACUUGGACCUGGAACUGAAACUGGGUCAGUACGCUGAGUAUGAUGAAAAGUUCCGGAAAAGUGAGGAACUGGUCCAAAAACUACGACGGGAGAUUUCCGAGCUGCAGGAAAAGAUUGUACAGGAAGAAGAGGUUGGUAUGAGUCCCACUAGCAGCAGUAGCAGUGCCGCGGAGGGUAGUACUUGCGGUAGUAGUAGCAGCAGCAACAGCCGUUCGGAGGAAAAGCUUACGAAAAGUGGCAGUGUAUGUCCGAAGCACGGGAAUCCAAUACCGGAAGACGAUACUAAGGAGUUGAAAAUUCUGCUGAAGGUGAUUGAGAGUGAACAUCGGCAGAAACUGAAGCGAUACGAGUUGAAUAAUCGUACGCUGUUCAAGAAGGUCAAGGAGCACAGUCAAGCUAGAAAGGUGGCAGAGCAGCAUGUAGAGGCGUUGGAAAAGGACGUCAGUAAAAUGUCAUCGCUUCAGUGUGAAAUGGCUGGAAUUCGUGAGAAGAACCUUCUGCUAGAAGCAGAUCUGGAAGCGUUGCUCAAAGAAUGCCACCAGCUGAAGAGUGAAAAGGCUCGAUUGGUAUCGUCGAUGGAGAACAACUGCCUGCUGAAGAUCGACGAAGAUAUCUGGAGCUCGUUUCAGCGGAUUUUCUCCGAUCUCCGCGACAAGCAGGUGACGGACAAGGAGAACAAGCGACUGAAGGAGCUGCUCCAGAUCAGUGGAAGAAAAAUUACUCAAAUGGAGGAGGAACUGAAAUAUUCCCUGUCAACUUCGGAGGAGAAGAGCACGGUGAUUGAGAAUCUAAAGCUGACCAACGAACUGCAGCGAGUGGAGUCGGACGAUAUCCGGUCGGAGUUAACGGUGAAAAGUAUCCAGCUGGAGGAUUCGCACCGCAUGAUUUCGGAUAUGAGUACCAAGCGUAGCUCGCUACAGGACUCCAUCAACGGGCAGCAGAUGAAUGAAGCGAAGCUUCGGACGGAGAUUGACUUUCUUCUGCAGCAGUUGCAGGUGCGGGAUGUUCAGCUGGAGACGGCCCACGAGCGGCUGAGGCUGUACGAAGAGUCCGAACGGAUACUGGCUGAAUCGAGGCAACGAUUCUUCGACGAUCUGCAGGCGUUGAGGGAUGAGAUAAUAGCCGAGAAGCAGGAGAAGCAGCAGCUGCAAGAUGAGGUGAAGACACUGCGGGACAAUAUGGCACAACUGGUGGAUGGUGACGAUAAGAACUUCCACUCGGUCAGCCAACCGGACAGUGUCAACGUUUCUUCCGGUGCCAGUUCGGUUCCAACUGGGGCAGUACCCAGCUAUGACGAACAGGCACUUAAGGCGCUGCUGGAGGACUGCUCUCGGCGGAAUAGUUCCAUUCGGCCACUGCAGGAGUGCGUGGCUUCGCUGCGGGCGGAGAUGAACAACCUGAAUGCGGUGGUACGGCAAAACGGGGCCCAGCGGUACCAUGUGGCGUCGUUGAUGGAGGAGCUGCAGGAUGCGACCAACGGUACGUACAAUGCUAGAUGAGCUUAGGUUUCGACUUCAGGAAGUUGGAGCAGUUAUCUGCGCACUUUCAACUGGUGUGAAAGUGAUGCUCAGAUGGUUGCAGAAGAGGUUAGGUUUGAAGGUUAGCGAAGAGCUUAGGUUAUUUAUGCAGCAGGAUGAUCUUUUCACGGCAAACUUCAUUUGGAUUUGGAACUUAAAAGGGUUUAAAUUGUUUACAGAAUACUCACGUUUGCUUUCGCGGUCGAAUAUUUAUUGGUUUUUGCUUAAAAACUUAAUUUUUUUCUGUCGGAUCUUUGGCUUGAUGAUUUCUUCGGUAGCGGAUGAUCCCCAAUGUCGCUGUCAAAAGUUACUUUCUUCUCUAGUUUAGAGAGUGUUUCGCUUUCUGAGAUACUUUUCCAAAAACACGUGUAUGAGCCGCUUUUUUCUCCGGUCAAGGAGAGAAGUUUUCACUCGAGAGUCUUUUCGGAUUCAAUGAAGAAUCUGGAGUGAGCUUUGAACUUUUAGUGGAACUACUUGGGUUUUUUUCUCGGGUUUUCUCCUGCGAUAUUUUCCACAUUUUUACGACUCUUAUUCAGGUAAAAAACGGCGAAAAUGGCUGCUUAGUUCAGCACUAAAACUGCAUCGAAAGAGAGGACUAAUUUAUAUUCAUGAAUUAAAUCGUUAAGGGUUUCACUUUUUUCAACUAUUCCUUCUAGUGAACGUGCACGUUUUACACUCUUUAGUAAAUUAGUAUGUUCUCUCUUUAUAUAUAUUCAUCAAUUGCUCUUAGUCUAUUCAUCAGUUUCAAUAAGAAAAUUUAUGUUUGUAUUUUCAAUAAAUUUUUAUGUUCUGGAAUUAUUCUCUAUUCAUAUAAGUUCAUAUUGAUCACUAGCUUACACAUAAAGUAUUUCGUUGUUCCGCUCUCUGAGUCAUACCUGUUUAUUUUCGUCUCAUCGGUGCUGCGGUCUUCAGGGUGAUCAGGUUUGAUCGUUCGCCCCUGGAAUAAUAUGCUCCCAAUUGUCGCUGCGCUCGUUGUUGCGUCCCACAGGGUGGUCUGGCUUUGACACUUGAAUCAAUUUCUUCUUCUGUUGCUUGUAUCCGUACAAAACAGUGAUGACAAUGUAAAUUUUCAAGGUCCGAAAAAUUUCCCCGCUGUGUGGUUUCGAGGUAUGUUUUUUUUUUAAAUCUUGGCCAAGCUUUGAAGUUUCCAUCAAAAUAUGGCAACACCAGUAAUGACUGUCUUAAAAUGUAUUUUUCCGUUGUGUUUUGUCCGUUAACAUUGAUACCAUUAAUUUUUUUAAUGAUCGCUUCGAAAGCUUCUACUUGGCUAUCUGCAUUAGUCUUGUAUUCUUUCCUGUUUUGAAGAGUUUGUAUUUGCUCU